CCAGCGGCGGGAUACCAGCGCGGGAGGCGGCUGCGGGGCGGGAGCCCCAGAGGGCAGGAACUGGCCUGGCGGCCGGGAACCAAGCGUCCACCGCCAGCGCCCGCCAGUGCAGCUGGGCCCCCGGAAAGCCAGGCCCACUGCACGCCCAUGUUGGCCGGUGGCAUUGGGAGCCCUCGGCGGGGCACGGCCCCUGCACCCACCGAUGACCUCUUUGCCCGGAAGCUGCGCCAGCCAGCACGGCCCCCACUGACAUCGCACACCUUCGAGCCGAGGCCAUCCCCCACCCGGGGCCCACUCCUGCGGAGCGGCAGUGACGCAGGCGAGGCCCGGCCCGCCACGCCAGCCAGCCCCAGGGCCCGCGCCCACAGCCAUGAGGAGGCCAGCCGGCCUGCUGCGGUCCCCACCGGACUCUUCGCUGACCCGCUGGCACUGCUGGGACUGCCCGCUGAGGAGCCCGAGCCCGCCUUCCCACCAGUGCCUGAGCCCCGCUGGUUCGCACACUAUGACGUGCAGAGCCUGCUUUUUGACUGGGCCCCAAGGCCUCGGGGUACAGGGGGCCACACCGAAGCCAGCUCUGGGACCCUGGCCUCAGCUGGGGACCGGACUGCCAGCUCAGACCUGCUGCUUGAGGCACCUGGCUUUGUGAGCGAGCUCGGGGGCGAGGGAGAGCUGGGCCUGGGCGGACUGGUGUCCCCACCUGUGCCCCCUGCGCUGCCCAAUGCAGCUGUGUCGGUCCUGGAGGAGCCACAGAACCGAACCUCAGCCUAUAGCCUGGAGCACGCAGACCUGGGCGCUGGCUACUACCGCAAGUACUUCUACAACAAAGAACACCAGAACUUCUUCGGCAUGGACGAAGGGCUGGGUCCCGUGGCAGUGAGCCUUCGGCGCGAAGAGAAGGAGGGCAGCGGAGGAGGCACUCAGCACAGCUACCGUAUCAUCGUGCGGACCACGCAGCUCCGGACACUCCGUGGCACCAUCUCGGAGGAGGCGCUGCCGCCAGGGCUCCCACGGGGCCUGUCCCCUAGGAAGCUUCUGGAGCACGUGGCACCCAGGCUGAGCCCGACCUGCCUGCGCCUGGGCUCAGCCUCACCGAAAGUGCCACGCACGCUGCUCACGCUGGACGAGCAAGUGCUGAGCUUCCAGCGCAAGGUGGGCAUCCUGUACUGCCGGGCGGGCCAGGGCUCGGAAGAGGAGAUGUACAACAACCAGGAGGCAGGACCCGCCUUCAUGCAGUUCCUCACCCUGCUGGGCGACGUGGUGCGGCUCAAAGGCUUUGAGAGCUACCGGGCCCAGCUGGACAUCAAAACGGAUUCCACAGGCACGCACUCGCUCUACACCACGUACCAGGACCAUGAGAUCAUGUUCCACGUGUCCACAAUGCUGCCUUACACCCCCAAUAACCAGCAGCAGCUCCUGCGGAAGCGCCACAUCGGCAACAACAUUGUGACCGUCGUGUUCCAGGAACCGGGCAGCAAGCCCUUCUGCCCCACCACCAUCCGCUCCCACUUUCAGCACGUGUUCCUGGUGGUGCGGGCACAAGCGCCCUGUACUCCGCACACUUCCUACAGGGUGGCGGUGAGCCGCACCCAGGACACCCCAGCUUUUGGUCCGGCUCUACCCCCGGGAGGUGGCCCUUUCGCGGCCAACGCAGACUUUCGGGCCUUCCUGCUGGCCAAGGCACUCAAUGGCGAGCAGGCAGCGGGCCACGCACGCCAGUUCCAUGCCAUGGCCACACGCACGCGUCAGCAGUACUUGGAGGACCUGGCCACCAACGAGGUGACCACCACGUCGCUGGACUCAGCUACGCGCUUUGGCCUGCCCUCCCUAGGCGGGAGGCGGCGAGCAUCCCCUCGCAGCCCGGGAGCCGAGCUGCAGGCGGCUGGCGCGCUGGUGUGGGGAGUGCGCGCUGCACCCGGGGCGCGGGGCGCGGCAGGGGCCCAAGCGGGCAGCCCCGAUGGUGACGGGGUGCCCUGCCUGCUGGGCAUCUCUGCCGAGGCGCUGGUGCUGGUGGCGCCGCGCGACGGCCGUGUAGUCUUUAAUUGUGCCUGUCGCGAUGUGCUGGCCUGGACCUUCUCAGAGCAACAGCUUGACCUGUACCAUGGCCGCGGGGAGGCGAUCACCCUACGGUUCGACGGGCCCCCCGGGCAAGCCGUAGGCGAAGUCGUGGCGCGCCUGCAGCUGGUGAGCCGUGGCUGUGAGACCCGGGAGCUGGUGCUGCCCCGUGACGGCCAAGGCCGCCUGGGCUUUGAAGUGGAUGCCGAGGGCUUCAUCACACACGUGGAGCGCUUCACGUUCGCCGAGACCACGGGGCUGCGGGCCGGGGCGCGCCUGCUGCGGGUGUGCGGCCAGACACUGCCCACACUUGGCCCUGAGGACACGGCGCGCCUGCUGCGCACUGCUUUCAAGGCCUGCGUCACCGUCCUGCCCCCAGACGAGAGCGGCCGGCCUCGCAGGAGCUUUUCGGAGCUGUAUCGGCUGUCGCUGCAGGAGCCCAGCCGGCGGGGGGCCCCAGAGCCAGUGCAGGAGGAGGCCCCUGGCAGCGCCCUGAUGCCCAUCACCAAGCAGCUGCUGAGCAUGUGCCUGAAUGAUGGCAGCAGCCCUCCAGGGCCCGGGGACCUGGCUGAAGAGAGGACUGAGUUCCUGCGCAGCCAGAGCUCGCCGUCACCCUGCAGCUCCCUGUCAGAUGAGGCCCCAGUCCUGCCCAACACCACCCCGGACCUCCUCCUGGCCACCACGUCCAAGCCGCCAGCACCUAGUGCAGGCAGGGAGACGCCCCCGACCCAGGACGGGCCGGCCAGGCCCAGUGGUGGUGAGGACAGGGGUGACGCGGCCCCGGAGCUGAGGGCCUCCUUCCUGCCACGAACCUUGUCUCUUCGAAACUCCAUCAGCAAAAUCAUGUCGGAAGCGGGCAGCGAGACUCUGGAAGACGAGUGGCAGUCCAUCUCGGAGAUCGCCUCCACCUGCAACACCAUCCUGGAGUCGCUGUCCCGGGAGGGACAGCCCAUCCCAGAUGGUGGAGAUGCCAAGGGAACCGCAAAAUCUGAUGCUGAGCCAGAACCGGGGAGCCUGUCAGAGAAGGUCUCUCACCUGGAGUCCAUGCUCAAGAAGCUGCAGGAGGACCUGCAGAAGGAGAAGGCAGACAGAGCCGCCCUGGAGGAGGAGGUCCGGAACCUGCGGCUGCAGGCCCGAUCCGAGGCUGCUGCCCGCCUGCUCCUGGCCCCCAGGCAGCUGGGCUCGCCCGCUGCUGACUUGACCUGAGCCACGGGGUCCAGCCUUAGACCCAACCGUGGACCUGCUCCAAACCGCCCAGGUCCUUCAGGGCCCCAGGGUGACACUGGGCCUUGGGCCCCCUCAGGAACUCUCCCUGCGCAGAGGCGCAUCUGAGCACUGCCCCCACACCCCAGCCCGUUAAUUGGUGGCAGGGUUGUCCCUACCCCAUUCCUGUGUGUAAAUAUCCUGUGAAGAAAAGGGGACUUCAGGGAGU